AUGCGAUUCUGUAUUGAUUAUCGACGCCUAAAUGUUAUUACAAUUAAAGAUGCAUUUUCACAUCCUCGAAUCGAUGAAAUAUUCGAUCAAUUAUCUGAUGCGAUAUAUUAUACCAAAUUUGAUUUUAAAUCUAGUUAUUUCCAGGUACCUCUCGUUAAAGAGGACUGUCCGGAAACUGCAUUUUCAACUCGUGAUAAUCAUUAUCAAUCUACGGUACUUCCACAAGAUAUUACCAAUGGACCCGCAACAUUUCAACGUGUGAUAAAUCAUAUAUUAGGACCUGCAAGAUGGAAAUAUGCAUUAGCGUAUAUCGAUGAUGUAAUUAUUUAUUCGAAAACAUUUGAAGAACAGUUAAUACACCUUAAUGAUAUUUGUACAAUAUUAAAAAAUGCUCGAUUUCGUCUUAAUCCAGAAAAAUGUAAAAUCACCCAAACUCAAACAGAUUAUCUUGGACAGAAUUUACAGAAUGGUGAAAUCCGUCCAAGUCCUAAUAACAUCAAUGGUUUACUAAACACAAGAUUACCACAAACUGCAGAUGAAGCUUGCAAAUUUGUUAAAGCAGUUGAAUAUUACAGAAAAUUUAUUGCCAAAUUUUCUCAAAUUGCUGAAUCACUUCGAAAAUUUGUUUCGACUACAAGAACUCAACAAAACAAAGGACAAAAACUAAAUUAUUAUUACAUUAACAAAUGA